UCAAGCCCGAAACCAGCUGAUGCUGAAACUCCAGCCUCGAAACCAACGGUCGCUGCAACUCAAGCUUUGAAACCAGCUGUCGCUGUUACUCCAGCCUCAAAACCAGCCGAUACUGUAACUCCAACCUUGAAGCUAGCUGUUGCUGAAACUUCUGCACUGAAACCAGUUGAUACUGACACUCCAGCCCCGAAAACAGCUGAUGCUGUCACUACAGCCCCGAGAACAGCUGAUGCUGUCACUACAGCUAUAAAAACAGUUGAUGCUGUCUCUCCUCCAAAAACAGAUUUUGCUGUAACUGCAACUCUGAAACCAGCUGAUGCUGUAACUGCAGCUUCAAGACCAGCUCUGAAACCAGAUGCUGCUGCACCUCCAUCCAAGAGACCAGCUGAUGCAGGAACUCCAGCUCCAAAACCAACAGAUGAUGCUGGAACUUUUGCUACAAAGCUAGCUAAUGCAGGAACUUCAGCCUCGGAUACAAGUAAUUCCAAAACAUCAGCUCCAAAACCAGUUGAUUCUGAAACCCUAACUCUGAAACCAGCUGAUGCUCCAACUCCAACUCCCAAUGCAGCUGAUGCUGCAACUGAACCUAAAAAACCAUCCAAUGCCGGAACUCCAGCCCAGACAUCAGUUGAUGUUAAAACCUCCGCCCAGAAACUAGUUGAUGCAGGUGCCUCUACUCAGAAACCAGUUAUUGCUGGAACUCCCGUCCCAAAACAAGCUGAUACAGGAACUCCAGGAAGUAAAUCAGGUAAUACUAUAAUCCAAGCCAUAAAAUCACCUGAUGCCGGAAUUCCAGCCAAGAAACCCGCUGAAGCUGGAACCCCAACGAAGAAACCAGCUGAUGCAGGAACCUCAGCCCAGAAACCAGGUAUUGUUGGAACUUCAAUCCAGAAACCACCUGCUGUAUCACCCCCAACCCUGAAAACAAUUACUACAAGAACCCCAGCCCAGAACCUAAUUUCUUCUGGAAUUCCUGUCCAAAAGAUUGCUUCUGGAAACCCAACUCAGAAGUUGGGAAAUGCAAGAACAGAAGAAGUUCAGAAAUCUACUAUUGGGACUCGAGUUGAGAAGCUUUCAGAUGCAGAAAUCUCUUCUGGAAAGUCAGGACCUACAAAAAUUUUGGCUCAGGUGUCAGGUGCUAUAGAGAUUCCAUCCAGAAAGGCAAUUACUUCAGGCAUAGAUCAGAAAUCAGAUGCCGCAGGGACAUCUGUUCUUGCAGUGUCUGUAUCACAGGAACCAAUAACUGCUGAAACUGGGGAGAAGCCAUUGACAGAAUGUAUGCCUGUGCCAGUGUCUGUUGCAGAACCCAUCCAGAAACCAGCUGUGGAAACCCAAAAAGCUGCGUUAACUGAAUCUCUCCCCUGUACAGUGGUUAAGAAACCACCUGCAGGCAUUGGUGACGCAGGCACACAAUUACAGAGGACAGUUAAUAUGGAUUUAGAUGUAACCAAACCAACAGCAGAAGUUUUAGUUACCUCUGAUAUUGCAGGAGAACAAUUAAAAUCUACAUCUGAAGACAAUUCUAUCAUAGUUCAAGAAGCUGGCAGUUUUGGUUCUGAUGCAGAAGUAUCAUCUCCGCAUAAAAACCCAGCAAAAAAAUCAGCUGCAGAUCAUGAUAUAAAGCAACAAAGCACUGGAGAUCCUGUCCAGGAAGUAGGGGCACAGGUAGCCAUUGCCGUCACAGCUGCUACAAAGCAAGUAGUAUUCUCAAAAAGUGAUGAACAACCAACUGUUUCUGUUUCCUCCAUGCAAAAAUCAAACCCUGCAGAGUGCACAGCUCAGAAGAUUGUUGAUACUGAUACAAAACAACCUUCAUCUGUAACUGCAGUACAUAAACCAUCUGAAACAAAACUAGAGAAAUCUUCUGAAAGUACAAAAGAACCAAAGAAUGUAGGCCCCAUUACUUUGAAAGCAGCUGUACAGAAGGAAACAACACCAACAAAACUGCUCACCUUUACAGCUCCUCAAAAAUCAAAAGUUCAAGAACUUUCUACUUUGAAAUCUAUUGUGAAGAAAGAGACUUCAGUACAAAAGACUGAUGACUCCAGUACUGAAGAACUGCCGAAGAAUUUUGAGAAGGUGACAGGUCAAAAGAAAGCUGUCAGGAAACUCACAUCAACUACUUCCAAGCCCUCAGCUGCUGGUAAUGCAGAUGAAAAAUCUACAAUGGACCCAGAUCAGAAAACAUCACUGAAAGAAAUGGUUAUUGAAAAAGCAAGUCCUGGUAAGAGUAUACAAGAGCAGUCUAUUGAAGAUCAGCCUCCUGCAAUAUUAAAGUUAGUUUCUGAAGAAGAAACACAAAAAAAGCAGGUAACUUCUGUUCAUUCAGAACCAAAGGAAAAUAUUACUCCUGUUUUCCAAGAGAAGAAACAAGAAAUAUCUGGAUCUGCUUCAGAAGCUUUCCAGACAGCGAUGCAAAAAACAGAAUCACCAGAAUCUGUAGUCACUGCUUUAAAGCAAUCCCCUGUAGAACCUUCAGGCUCACAAAAGACUGACCUCACAGGAUUUUCAUUAGAAAAACAAUCUAUUACAGAAAAAGCAUCUGAGCAAACUAUGAGGGGAACAAAAGUUAGGGUUCAGUCAUCAACAGAGAAGAUCAGUUCUACUAAGAAACCUGAUGAAGAUUUGACAAGUGGAAAGCCUGAAAGCAAAGGGAGCUCAACAGGUACUCAGAAACAAAUUGAUGUGUCCUGGACUACUCAGAUAGAAGAAUCUGUAUCUUCCGCUCUUACACCAACAGCAAGUUUGACAGCUGAUAGUGGUAGUGAGAAGCCAAAUACACCAGAAAAAUCAAAACCAGUUCUUGCAGAAGAGCAACAAAUAAAUGUGCAACAGAGCAAAACCUCUCUUCAGGAAUUCCAGGAGCAAAAAUCACCUGUUCCUGGAUCUAUAAAACAGAAGGUUGAAAACAAGAGUAACAAACUAGUGGUGGCUACUUCAGUUAAAUCACCAAGCGAGGUAAGUUUACAGGGUCAAGAAACCUCAUUAGUGUCUCAUCCAGAAACAGCUGAAGAAACAGUUUUAUCUGAGAAGUCUGUGGAGAAAAUUGAGAAAACUUCCACAGCUGCUUUAUCCCUCUCUAAAGAAUCUACAGAAGACAUUUGUAAACCGGUUCUUGCUUCAUCAAUUCAGAGAACACCAGGUGGUAGGCUAGGAAUUGUGGGUCGACCACCUAUUGGUCAACGACCAUCAGCUCUUGCAUCAUUGCAAGAAAAGAAGACUGAACUUUCCCCAAGAAUUGCUAAAGACACUCUGUCUUGGAAACUCCCUACUGCAUCCGCUUCUGCCAAGAAAGUUCCUAGUUCAGUGGGGAAAGUUGAUGAGGCAGAUGUGAAGAAAGCGACUCCUUCUCUGAUGUCGGAGAGUGAAGAUGUCUCCAGGAAAAGACUAACUCAGCCUUCUGUGAGUUCAAAACAAGUGAAAGGAGGUGAAGUUUCCAUAAUUCCCGAUGACUCAGAUGACGGUUCAGAACCAGAGUUGCUAGAUGCGAAAAUUGCCAAAGAUGUUUCACUUCCUCUAAAGGAAAAGACUGAGGGAGCUUCAGUAACUUCAUUGCCAGCACCUCAAGUAUCUGAAGGUCAAGAUAUAAAACCUGCUUCUAAAGAAGAUCCGGAACCAUGUACAUUACAGAAAACUCCAAAAGUUCCUAAAGAACAGCAAACAGCUGCAACUACAUCUCCAAUGAUACAAAAGACUGCUCUCACUAUUUCUAAAGCAGAAUCAUCAGUGGAGAAAUCUGAGAAAUCAGAGGUACUUGAGCAGUCUAUAAGGAAAACAGCUCCUUCAAAUGAAUUCUCUGUUGAACAGUCUUCUGAAGCAGCACCUAAAGGACUUUUGAAAACGGUCGAAGAAGGACCCAGAGAUCAAGAAGUUUCAAGCUCCAGCUCAAGUCCACGGCCUAGUACUUCUAGCUACAAAAUUCCAAGUGUAAAAUCUCCUCUUACUAUUAAAGUCGAAGAUAGUCCAGUCGCUGGGCCGAAGUUAAGUCCCAUCACACUUAAACGUAAAAAAGAUUCUGAAGGGAAAGGUGAUGAAUAUAUAAGCUUGUCACCUAAACUUGAUGCUUCACGUGAAACUGAAAAGCUGACUCUUAAAUUAAAAAGAGUGGGCAGUCCAACUGUGCGUGAAUUAGAGUCUGAGGACAGAGACAAAUUUAUGUUGAAACUUAAAAAAGAUUCCAGUCGAUCUGACUCUGUAGUAUCUUCAACAACAGCUUCAACUAGCACUGCGCCUCUGGACACUUGUACAAAAGACUCUGAAGAUGUUGAACCAAAAGUUGGAAAGCUGAUGUUGAAAUUAAAAGACACAGAAAAAGGUAUUGUUGCCAGAAUUUCAAGUCCAAAAGGAGAAACUGAUGAAGAACCAAAAGUAGAGAAAUUGACUUUGAAACUGAAGAAAGAUGCUGGGGAUGUACAACUUAGUCCGUCAACUAGUGCUAAGUCUGAAGAAAGCCCAAAGGUUGAGAAAUUGACACUGAAAAUUCGAGUUGACUCACCCUUGAGCCAGGAAACUGCAGGAGAUGUUGAUGAACCGAAAGUUGAAAAGUUGAUGUUGAAAUUGAAGAAAGACAGUACUGAUAUGCCAUCACCAAAGGAGAAAGCUGUGUUGGAUGCAUCUAAGACUGAAAAACUAACUCUUAGGAUCAGAAAAGAUUCUGGAAGUCAGGAUAUUGCUUUGACAGAUGGAAAGAAGAGUGAACCUGCAGAAAUAACAGAAUCAUCUGAACGAAUUACGCUUACACUUGUAAAAGAUUCUUCUAAUUCAGUGUCUGUCAAAGAAAAAGACAUUUCGGAAUCUAAAAUAGAACCAGAUAUAUGUUCUGAAGAAAAGGUUGAGAAGCUAACCCUAAAAAUCAAGAAAGAUUCCUCCAAUGAAUCUGCAGAGAAGUCGUCUUCAGCCACUAUUGUGUUAGAAAAAGUAGAGCCUAAAGUUGAAAAGUUAACUUUAAAGUUGAAGUCAGCUGCUGAUGAUUCAACUGUUCAGACAAAAGAAGAGGAGAUUGGGAUGGAGGCGAAGAAGGGAAAGGAGGAGGAUGAGAAGAAGGAAGAUAAAAAAGUUGAAAAACUCACUCUGAAGAUAAAGAAAGAUGACGAAAAGGAAGGAUCAGAAAGUCAGAAAUUUCCUGAAGAGAAAAAGCUUGAGGAACGAACUGCUAAACCAAAGAAAGAACCUACAGAUUCUGUACCAUCUCCCAAGGUCUCAGAGACAAGUGAGAAGUUUCAGAAGGCUGAAAAGGUUGAAAAACUCACUCUGAAGAUUCCAAAAGAUGUGACAUCACCAAAAACCCAAGGCACUCCUUCACUAGCAGAAACUCAGGACCAGGCUACAACCAGCCAGCCAUCAUCGACCACAACACGCUUGUUGUCGCCAGUAUCAAAAACCAGUGUACUCUCACCAACCUCUAAAACUAGUUUGCCCUCACCAGUUUCCAUCACUAACCUGCCAUCACCAGUGUCCAAAACUAGCUUACAAUCACCAACGCCGAGGACCAAAGUGCUAUCACCAGUUUCAAAAACACCUCUGUCAGCCUCUAAAACCAACCUGGCUUUGCCAGGGGGAGAUGAAGCAAAAACUGAAAAAAUAACCAUGAAGUUUAAAAGAGAUGUCAGUCCUGGUUUAUCACCUGAGGAAGCAGCUGUAAGUAAACCAAAAGAACCCACAGUUGUCUUAUCAGAAGUAUCCAUUUUAAAGACUGUACCAGAGAAUAUUGCGAAAAAAGGGAAAGAUGAAGGGCAGACUGCUGUUGAAGGGAAGUCUGAAAAGCCUUUUAUAAAACGGCGGAGAGAGAGUGUGAAGCAGGAUAAUGAUGACUGCAUCAUUUUGGAAACAUGUCCAUCAACAAAAGAAAAAUCUGUAGAGAAACCUGUUUUAAAGACUCCAGAAUCUGAGAGGAAGUCAUCAGGCUCUGAAAGCCCUGAUCCUUCAAAGCUCACCCUGAAAUUGACCAAAUCCACAUCAUGGUGUGUGCAACAGCCCUCAGGUGCAGACGUGGCCUCCUCAGUGCCCCGCGUUGGUUCUCCGGACAUCCAGGAAAUUCCUACCAAGCGCCAGAAGGUGGAAGCUCACUCCGAAGAGAAGAUCAGCAUCACCACCACCCCUACUCGCUCUCAGAGGCACCGGGAGGAGCUGAAGGCACUACCUAGUUUGUCAGAGGUGUCAGUCUCAUUGAAGAGGCACGAUCUAGGACGAUCAGAGACGGCUUCUGGCAGUGGCAGUAAGAAAGUGAAGGUGGAAGAAAAACUAACUGAAUGUACAGUGGUGGUUCAAGAAGUCUGUCUCCCCCACACAAAGAGGGAACCAAGACUUCGCUCACCACCUCCUUCUGUUUCGCUCACCAAGAUUCCAGCUGGCAAAGGAUCUGCGAGCCGCUCCGAUGACAGGCACGCUGCUAGCGCAUCUGGAUCAGGAAGCACAACUGUGUUGGAUGGGAAGUUGAGAGAGAUUUUGUCAAAGAUCGGUGGGAAGGCAUCAGCUUUGCUAGACUGCGAUGUGUCCAUAAGCUUUGCGAGCCAGUCGGAUAAAGCUGCAGCUCCACCCGCUCCAACGCUGCCUUCAGAGGAUGUGGAGAUCAUCAUGGUUCCUGGAGGGAAUAGUUCUGGUGGUCGUGGCAGGGGCAGAGGACGCGGACGAGGUCACAGUCAUCGUGGUGCUCACUCUCAGGUGUACCGUCCGCACGCGCAGGCGGCGGCGCAGCAGCUGGUGGUGGAGCCAGACAUCAUCAACAUCGAGCCGGUCAUCACCCUGGACACGGGCGAGGGCUCGGGGGCGUCCGCGGCGGCGUCGCCGGCGGCGGCGGGCGCGGGGUCA